AUGGCUAAAAGUAUUAUCUGUAGAAUGGUCGAGGAGGGUGAGCUGAAUGCGGUGGUGGAUUCUCAGAGCCGGUUGUUUGGUUUUGAGAGGCUGAGAGUGCUCGAUUUGAGUGCAGUGCCGUUUCUGACGCCGGGACAUUCGAUGUUGACGGUUUAUGCGCUCGCAGAGAAGCAGGCGGCUGACAUACUGGCAGGCAACUAG